AUGAGGGCACACACACUGAUGGUACUUCUCUUCCUGCUCCUCAGCCCCGGCCUGGCAGAGGACACAGUGGCCGAGGACCUGAACGUCCAGCAGCUCUCUCAAAUGGUGGAGCUGCUCACAGCCGAAGAGUGUAAGAACUUUCUGGAUCUUCUGUCCCACCGGGAGGAGAGCAUUUUGCAAAGGAUUGAGCGCCUCUCGCCAAAAGCUGGUCAGCUGCCACUCCCAAACGGCUCCCUCCGCCGCCGCCGGACCGCAGGUCAGAAAACUUUGUGCCAGGAUUCCCUCCUGGAGUGGUUGUUGGCUCACGGCAAGCAGAUAUACUACGACAGGCUGUCCCGAACCCUGAUGCAGAUUGGCAGGACCGACAUCGCCAAAGAGGUGGCGAAAAAUAUUAACCAGGACAAGAUCCUGAGCUUGCAGCGUUAUGUGGAAGGUUACCACCAAAGCAUGGCGGCCGCGGAGUCCUCCCUGGUGCAGCCGGUGGAGACGAGAUCCCAGAAGGCCGAGACACAGGGCACGGAAAGACAGGUGAGAGACCCCAGGGACCUGGAACUGGUGGUGGUGCAUGAGCGUCGUCCUCCCUACAGCCGACACCUGCUGACAGGCACACUGCCCCUGGUCUACGGCAUCCUCCUGGGUUUCUUGGGCACCAUCCUAACUGGGGUCCCCAUUGUCCUCUUUGUACUGCACAUCUCCCGAAGUGAUAUGGAGAAACUGCUCAAAAAACCCUGCAAGCGCCAAAUCCGACCUUUUCUGCAAUCCUGAUGCCCUGAGCAGAUGCAUAUUCACCCCUCUGUGCAUCAC